UGAUCUUGUAAACACUCGUUUCAGUCGGGAGGUGUUUUUUUUUUGUUUGUGUUUAGCGCGUUUUUAAGAAGGCACUAGUGGAUAGGAACUUUGCAGUACAUUCGCUGUGGAAUUUGUGUAAAUAAACAAUUCAUUUCGAGCGAAACAUUCGACAAAUACGAACGAACGGUUAAGAAUAUGCAAGCUCUUGUGGUGUAGCGAGUAGAUCAAGGUGUGUGAUCAGGUGAAUGUGGAAUUUUGGGUUGAAUCACACCCGGUUUGAAAAUGGUUCAGCAUUGGAAUGAAUGAGAAGAGAAUCUGGUGACAUUUUUUUCGCUGGAUUGCGAUCACUGCCGAGUUGGAUGGACGGACGGUGAAUUUUAGUGGUGUGGAAACGUCAGAAAAAUUAACAUAUUCACACGCAAGCAGUUUUGAGUGAGCGCACGGUGCGCAACAGGUUUAAGGCCUGCUUUGGGCGAAGGUGCCUGUGCUUUUUUUCGGUGGCUGUUAGGGCCUACUGCGAUUGUGCUAGUAGUGGCUGCGUACGUAUGGGAGAUGGCAAUGCGCUGACGAUUUGGCGAGUCGUUAGGUAAACCGGAGUGAACGAGUGAAGAAAUGUCCAUUGAAACGGAGUGGCAGGAAGGUGAAAAACGAGAUAAUAUCGCCGCAUAGUUCAUUUGCGCUGGUGAGGCAAGGUGCGCGAGCGAUUUCUAAUGAAUUAAUGAUGUGGCUAUAGCUGUCCCAUGAUGGAGGAUCAAGUUUUGUACGAUUUUGACAGCUAAUAUUCAUUAGAAAGCUGUCAAGUAGAGUGUUUUGGUACACUGGCUAUCCCCGGAACCUCGUGCAGUGUGAGGUUGUGUGAAUUGAAGUUAGCAGAAAAAUAAGUAAAUGUUUGUAUGUUUUAGAAGUGGUUAAGGUUUGCGCGAGCGCCAGAUACAGCUGAAGAGAAGGAAAGUAGAAGGUAGAGGAGAUUGAAACAAGUCGAGGCGUAACAACAAGUGCGGUAAACUGGCCUUAACGAAGGUUUUGUGCGGCCAAGUUUGAAUCACAGCAAAAAGUUGAUGUAAUUGUAUUGUUGAUUGAAUAGAAGUGAGUUUGUAGAAUCUCUACUGGUGAAUGCAGUACUACAAAUUUCUAUUCGUACAGGUGUUUGAAGUGUUACAAUAAUUAGAUUUCACAUUUAUCGAUUGAUUUCGAGGCAAACGAGAAGAAAACAAAACAGAAAGGAGCAAAAUAGCCAGUUUUUUUUAAGACUGGGAAGAAAGACCCAGGAAAGGAAACACGAAGCUUUGGAUUAAUUUUCCUUAUUCCUCGGUUUCGUUAUGUUAUUUUGUUUUCGACAACAGCUUAAAUGUUUCGAUUUAUAUGUGUGUGUUGCGAGUGAGCUCGAGCAUAAACAGUGAUUGAAAAAAUGUGUUUCCAUUGGAUUUGAACGUCGAUAUUUGGGGACGACGAAAAAUUUUCAAUUUCGGUUAAGUGAAGUUUAAUUUUACUCUCGAUCGUGUAGUUUUUCUGAGUUUUGUUUUGAUGCUGUCGGAGAUCCAGCGGUGAGGUUUCCAAGUGAAGAGAUUCCAAUCGAAGUGGAAUCGAAGUAAAGGAAAUAUUUUUGAUUUUUUGUGAGUGUGAGCAUUGUUUUUUUUUUCCUCUGGAUUGGAGUGGAGAAAAUUCGAAACGAUGGGUAGCCGCAACGUGGAGUGUCGUAAAUUUUCACCAAACAUCUUUAACAAGAGCAAAUGUACUCACUGUUUUCGCCAGCGCGAGGAGCACAGUGCGGCCGCAUUGGAAUGCAAUCGGGCAACGAGGAAGGUGUCAAAACGUGGAUAUUUAUUCGUGGCACCCGACUGGGACUUCAGCAAUCCACUCUACAGAACAAAGCGAUGGCAGCGACGGUGGUUCGUGCUGUACGACGACGGGGAGCUCACAUAUUCGGUGGACGAACACCCAGAAACAAUUCCUCAAGCCAUAAUCGACAUGACCAAGGUACUAGAGGUAACCACAGCUGAAGAUGUUACUAGUCAUCCACACUCAAUUGCCAUUACCGCACCGGAGCGAGUUACAUUCGUGAAGGGUACGUGCCCCGAGGAAACCAAAUGGUGGUUCAACGUGCUUUCGGCCUUCCCAAAAUCUAAGGGUCGACAUAAAAGAAAUGCAACGUUUCCCGGUGGUCAAGCAACUACCAUCCUGCAGUCACAACCUCCAUCAGUUGGUCGGAAUCGGCAUAAUUCGUACCACAAAGACAUGCUGCCGGUGGGUAAUCUGGAGGCUCUGACGGCGCCUUGCUCCUGGAAUCCCGUGGCCACGAUUGCAUCCGAUGAGAACAAUCUAAAUGCAAAUAAUGAAAAUAACAGCAUCACCACCACAGGCAGCAGUAUCGGUGGCAAUAACAACAACAUCAACAGUAACAGCUGCAACGUGAACGCCAAAGUGUACAGCGAUCAACCCGUUUCAUCGAAAUCGCCACCCACCAGAGAUAAAUUACAUCCCGAAGGCAAAGCUCAGGCACGUAUCAGGAAUCGCAAUCGAUCAUCGUUGGAUGCAACCGACUCAGCAUCCAAAUGCUAUCUGUUGGACGACGUUCGACGAGAGGAAAAGCUGAAAGACAUCGCCAAUACGAUCACGAAUGUGAACCGUUGGAGUACGCCAUGCAUCACCGAUAGUCUCGCGUUGACGGCAGUACCGGACGAGAAGCCCAACCGGGACGAGAACACGGUUCCACAGUACAGUACCAAGACAACUGGCCAAAUGCGACCCCAGUCGUUGACAAUUCCGUCCACUGCGCCGGCCAUCGUUUCUGCCAUCGUUAAGAAAAUACCUACUGGUAUCAGUAGCUCCAAGUCAGACCUGUCGAAAACCAACACAACCUCUAGUCCGAAGUUGAAACCUAGUCAAACUCACGAACGAGGCGAUCCCGAUGGGGACUGUGGCCUCGACGAUGCCCCAGCCAGCUAUCUGUCCAAAAAUUCCGAACUCCGGGUCAGCUUACCAUCGGAAGAAUUGCUCAAUGCCAAGAAAGGUUGGCUCAUGAAGCAGGACACUCGGUCCAGUGAAUGGAGCAAGCAUUGGUUUAUUUUACGAGGAGCCGCCCUAUUCUACUACCGAGACCCGGUGGCCGAGGAGAAAGGUGUGAUGGAUGGAGUGCUCGAUGUCAAUAGUAUAACCAGUAUCACCGAAGUGCCAGUCAAUAGGAACUACGGAUUUCAGUUGACGACGUGGGAUAACCGACGCAUCGUGCUGUCCACGGUUACCAUCGGCAACAGGAACAACUGGAUCAACGUGCUCAAAAACGCAGCCGGAUUACCUCAGACCAAAGUAACACUAAAUAAUAACAACCUAGGACUGAACAAUCAGAACGAUGAAAACUUCAAAACGUUAACCGAUAAACUCCCGUUAGAAAUAGAAAUCAUAGACGGUAGCCAGAUACAGGACAAAAUUGGUAGUCUGAACACCGGUACGAUCAGUAGCCGCAUCAGUGUAGAAGCCAACCGGGGAGAGGAUGAGGUAGAUUGCAAGCCCACACAAAAAAGUCAAGACGUGGUAGUACAUCUCAUCAAAUCCAGUAGCACCAGCGAUGUUCUGAACAACAACCUGCCUCAAAAGUCUUCCAGUACGACUACGGUCACGACUCCGGUAACGCCAAUAACGCCCAAAUCGUUACUUUUCUCCUCCGACGAGGAGUACCGCACUGCAUCCGAAGGAGGCCGGAGAGACAGUGUCGGUGACUGGGGCUCACCAUUGUCUCCUACUCCGCCAGUGCCACUUUCAGCGUUAGCUAGAACCAAAGAUAGAUUAAGAACAUCCCACAAUCGGUUACACAAACGCAGCCGAUCGUCACCACCGUCGUCACGGCGCAGUACAAUCGAAAGCGUUCAAUCCGAAGACCUCCCACUCAUCAACCCCGUUCAGGAAGAGGUUUGCAUCGACAAAGAACUUCAACUACGGUUACAAGCCGCUGAGAAGGAACUCUCCAUUCUCCGCGAGGAAACCCACGAGCGAGAAGCAAGGAUGUCGGAACUGCUGACCUCCCUAGAACGGACUGAGCAAGAACUAACACGGAAGCGGGAAAGUGAGGAAAAUCGAGAAAGGCUGAUGUCGCAACUUGAUGAGAGCAGAAGCAGUGCUCAGGAGAUCAUCGACAGGAUUACUGUAGAGCUGGAUAAAAGUCGGGACACAGUCAAAGAUUUGGAAGACCGGUUGGCACGUGGGAUCGAAGAAAACGAAUGCCUAUACAAGAAAAUCAGAGACUUUGGCAUUUCUAGUCCCGCGUCCAGCUUAUGCAGUUUGAAUACGAAAACGGGUAAAAUGCGGCGGAUGGAUUCGUUCAGUGAUUUGACUAGUCUAAAUGAGGUUGAUCCGAGUACAUUGGACAAGGAUAUGCUAGCUGAUGAGUAUCACGAACUGAGAGCACGUUUCGAGAAAGCUGUCAGUGAGCUGAAAGCAAUGAAGCGUGAACUGAAGGAAUCCCAUAAGAUUUGUGAUGAUCUGGAAAUAUCCUACACCACUUUGAAAAGGGAAAUAGAUCGCCAGCAGAAAGAACACGAAUCUCAGUCGAAGAUGAUGGCCGAUAGGAUUCAAGAUAUGACUAAUAAAUAUACGAACGCCGAGAAGCAGGUUAGACUACUGAGGCAAAAAUUAGUUCGGAACGAAAAACGAAGGUCUCUAUCGCUGAAGGGAAAAGAAUCAUUGACGAUUCAAAAAGAAUUGGAAGAAAAGGUUACGGAGCUGGAGCACAAGAUAGACGCCUUGGAGCAGGGAGCAGUGAUAGCGGAAGCAGCUGUCACGCAAGGCGAAUCUUCCGAAUUAAAGAAUGUAAAACGAGCAUCAACUCGGUUACGGAGGAAAAGUUUGGACAGCGCAUCCAUUUCUUCGCAACCGAUGCAGGUUUUGUUGAGGCUGAACAAUUUAGAAAAACGAGUUGACACAGUUAAAGCGACUGCAGGUGAUCUGCUAGCUAUUCCUGGAUCUAGUGAAAGCGUAAACACCGCUGGAAUGAUAAGCAGCACUGAAAGUACGAGUAGCAUUAACAGUGUCGGUUUUAACAAAAUUACCCCUAGCGCUAGUCCAAAGGUUUCCGAGCAUUUGAUGGAUCGGCUGAAGAGUUUGGAAGGUGUUGUCAUCUCUGUUCGCGAACUUGUCGAUCAAAGUAUGCGUCAGUUCCAAAAUCUGCGAUCCUCGCGAUCGCGGCGAUCCGUUUCUCCCAUUGCUGACAAGAAGGAUUCGUUUAAAUUUGUUGAGAGAUGCUUAUCGGAGGUCUCCAGACUGCUGCGAGACAGCUGUGAGCACUGCGUCAUACAGGAUUGCUCGUUGAACAACAACAUUGUACUGUUGCCGGAAACCAAUCCUAUCAAGCUGGCAUUCACACAAAUGGAAGGGCAGCUAAAAAAUAAGCUCAGCGAUCUAUUGAAGCAACGACGGAUGCUUCGUGAAACAAACGGACUAACGCAAAAGAAAGAUAUGGAAUUGCUAGCCGAACGCAUCGCGUUUGAAAGCGUUUGCUUCGGUCGAAUGAGAAAUGCGCUGGAACGAGUGGAAAACAUGAAGGAAAACGAAGAAAAACAAACCAAAGUCGAAGUCUCCGAAACAAUACAGUUGAUGGCAAUGCUCAAGGCUAAACUCGCCGGCAAAUGUGGCAUCAAACUAAACAGUAGUAUGGACGUACUUGCAAGCGUGUUGGCUCGGAAACUCAUACUGUCAGCUGGCCGCACCAGUAGCAUAAGGUCACUAAAUUUCCCGUCAAUCAACACCAAUUUGUUAGACGAUCUGCUUCGACAGCAGAACGAAGUUCAUAUGGUCGCUAAGCGGUACAAGACGACGGUGAUGGAAAACCUAGCGUACGGUUUAGCAGCCGAAACGUUGAGUUACAUUUCUUCUUCAAAUGAAACGAUUCAAGGUGCCGUACAGGAAGCAUGGCGACAAGCACAGGAAGCAGUGAACGCUGAGCUGGUGCAGUCUGAAAUCGCACACAUUAUGAUGCGAAGUGCUCAGCGUUAUGAAAAUUCACUAACACCUGCCUUCGGCUAUGCAUUGUCCACCGAUGAACGAAUAACGUUCGAAAACUUUGCUGAUGCCGUCCAAGAUGUUCUACGUAGAGAAAUGGAACUUGCAGUGACGCAGUUGACCGAAUGCUACGAGGAAAGCCUAGCAAAAAUGAAGCGUGGUCAGUGGAGGCUUCACCUGGAGCAGGAACGGAAACCAAGCGAAGGUCGACAGUUGUUGGCAGAGUUUGCCGACAUCAUAGCACACAAAGCUCUGAUCGAUGCCCGUGUUCAAAUCCUAAAAGGAGACUAUGUCCCUGCCAAAAUCAAACUGAUCAACGAGGACAGCAAUAACUUUAGCGUAGUUGCUCUGAAGAAAUACGAAAAUCUGUACACCGAUCUCACCGCUGACCUGGAAAUUGCCAACUCGGACGACAUCCUUGCUGAGGCUGAUUUUAACUUCAUGUAUAAAUACUUUGUCAACGAACACCUGACCAACAAGACCGAUAUCAAAGAAAUAUCAGCCAUCCUAAAUGAACUGGAACGAUCCGUGGUGUCGCUACAGAACACAAUGGUUCCUGAUGACGUGCUGAUCGCAAGCACGGUAGACGUCGAUAGUCUGCGUAGCAUUCACGCAAGGUGCGUGGAGAUACAGAAAAGAAUCGACUCGUUGAUCGAUACGGCCAAAUCGGUUCAAGCUCAAUGUUAUGAGUGCGACAGGCUGCAAGAUACGCUGCAUCAAAUGACUGAUCGGCAUGAAACCGACAUUGCUAGUUUGAAACAACAGAAUGAGGAAGAGGUCAGUCAGUUAACUAAGAAAAUAGACGAACAGAAGCAGCUUAUCAAGAACAUCGAGAGCGAGAAAACAGAAAUUCAGGAGAAGUUGAGGAAUGAGAAAAAUGUCCUGAAGCUGCGUGAAAAGGAGUUCAGCGAACUCAACGCCAAGCUUCGUGAAUACGAAACAAUGUGCCAUGAGAAGGAUAAAGAAAUUGAAGAGUUGCUGGAUAGUUACGACGAGGAACGAAAAAAGUCCAAGGCACUACGAGACAAGUAUGAAGAAUUGUCUCAAAACUUCCAGAAGAAUUCUGAAGAGUACGCCGAACUGGAGAAGGAACGUGAUUAUCUAUUCGAGCAAAUAAGAAAGGAGAAAGAUCACGUGAAGAAGUUGGAAAAGCACUUGGAAAUGCUCGAAGCUGAACAUGCUCAACAGGUGGACAAUCUGCACGCAGCCUACCGAGAGCAGCAGGUGGCGAACGAAAUCGAUUCGCAAAAGGACAAAGAUGACGAAGACAGUUUGCGUCAAAAGUACCAGGCCGAGAUUGAGCAGCUUAGGGCCCUGUGUGAAAAAGGACUUGCAGCAAUGGAAGCAUCCCAUAAGCGUAUAAUACACGAUCUGGAAGAGAAGCACCAACAUGAGAUAGCGCAGCUGAUAGUGGAAAAGGAGCAAGCACUUGCCGAAGAAACUCAGGCAACUUUGGCAGCACUAGACGCAAUGCGUAAGGCUCAUCAAAAUGAGGUCCAGCGAGAAGUCGCACGAUUCAAGCAGGAGUUCUUGAAGCAAUUUCAGAAAGGUGGUCAAUCCCCGCUGACAUACAAGGAGAAAGAACAAGAGCUGGAAGAGGUCCGACAGGAAAUUUUGUCCCUUUCGGAAAAGUACUCGAUGAAGUGUGUGGAAACGGCCUCACUCGAAGAAAAACUGAGAAUUACUUCGCAACAGCUUAAGUAUUCGCAGCAGCACAUUCAGCAGCUCGAUGUUAGAAACAAACAGCUCAGGGCACACUUUGUAUCGGGAGACUCGAGUGACGCUGUCUCUUCGAGUAGCUCGACGCCCAAGGCCACCAUUCAAAGAUCGCAUGUUGAUGCAAACAGUACGAAGACAUCCUCCAGCAGAAGCCAACCGCCCUUUUCGUCAAUGUUCAGAACGGCGACCAGCAGUUCAGCAGCUUCCUCUAAAGCCAGCGACAAUAAUAGCAGUUCAGCAAUUUCCAGCAUCAGCAGCAGCAGCCUUCUCACCUCGGGCCAUUGUUUCGAUAACAGCAACAAAGAAUACCAUAUUAUUAACAAUAAGAAUGAAUCGCAUCCUAGAUUGAAGCUAUGCGAAGGAGCCAAACUAGGCGUAUCUCCAGUUUUUCCCAUUUCCACAUCGACCGGCCUCGAUUCGCUAAACCUUACGAGCAGUAAUAACCGAACCAAAGUUCUAAACUCCAAACACCUGAAUAUGCACCUCCUGAGUAGUGGACGAUCCACCAGCAGCACCAGCUUCUCCUCACCAGCAGUUUCUUCUGCCAUUGUUAACGGAAAAAAUCCCAUACUUUGCACCUCUGUCGUCGCCGCCAUCACCAAAACCGCAACCAACAAUGCAUCGCAGGGCAGCAGCAUAAGCAGCACCAGCAAAAAUAAUAAUAAUAAUGAUACCGACAGCCUAAUCGAGCUUAAGCCAGCAAUUAAGAUGUGUUCGCCCCCUCCCUUGGAUGAGAAGGACGUUGAACAGAUACAUCGAUUCGAAUUGGAAAUCUAAAGCUUUGCUAAAAUCGAACAAUAACCAAACGCGCAUCUGAAAAUCAUUAUUAUUAUUCACACGACUAAUUGGAUUAGCUUGAUUGGAUGUCACCCACGCCAAAAUGAAGCACUGCUUUCCAGUUGCAUUGCAAUUGACAAUUGACGCAAACACCUAAUUUUACAUCCUGUACAAUACCCAGCAGCUUCCUAUUUGCUCCCACCAGUUAUUUGUGCACGCGAAACAAUUUAUAACUUUACCAAACCUUCCUGUACAUUAGUUUCACUUUAAAUUCAAUCUUUUAUAUUAUCCUUGUACAGAAAAUAUGUAGAAAUUUCUAAUAUAUAUAGUAAAAAUUCAUCAUAGAAUAGUAAGUGUAUAACAAACCUAAACACAAACGAACAGCUUGUCCUAAUAUUUUGACAAUGGAAAGAGUGUUCAAUGAAACCAUAUUAUUGCUAACAUUAGCUUUCGCACCCUUUAGUAUUAAACCGGUUCAAGUGUUCACCCCCCACACCGCCCUGAAUUCACUCUGAACAGAAUAUAUAAACCAUUCUGUCGUUUUGGACAACAUUGACGAAAUUAGACACCGUACUGUUAGGCAGCUAGCGUUUACUCUAUUUUACCUAUAGAUUAUUUAAUUCGAUUAAUUUUACCGGUGUAAUACAUAUAGGUCCGUACAACCUUUGUUCUGAUUCUUCAAAUUAUUAGAAAGCUUACACAGUCUUCCCCGCCCCCCUGUGGUUCUGUUGACUUUAUUUGUUUUAUAGAUCAGCAAUAAAAAAUGUGCAUGUUUUUGUCAA